UGGACUGGCCCAAGUCUUAGAGUUGCUCUCUUUCCUUUCUAGCUGCUUCUUCCAACUUUGUAUCAAUCAAACAUUGCCAUUAACAAAAAUACCAAAAUUCUCUGAACUAACUGAAGUUUGGAAUGCCUCAACAAUUUUACAGCUAACUCUUAGGUUACACAUACAAUUGUUUCAGGUGUCGUCGUCUGGAGAUUUGUUAAAUUCAUCCAUUGGGAUUAUAUGGAUCAGAAAAUGAAUGUGUAUAUAUGGGACAUGGAUGAAACCCUCAUAUUGCUAAAGUCUUUAAUAAAUGGUACAUAUGCUGAGGCAUUCAAUGGAUCCAAGAAUGUACAGACUGGUGUGGAAAUCGGGAAGAUGUGGGAGGAUCAUAUUCUUCAGAUAUGUGAUGACCACUUUUUCUAUGAGCAGGUUGAAAAUUGCAAUAUGCCAUAUCUGGAUGUCAUGAAACAAUAUGAUGAUGGUCGAGAUCUCACUGAUUAUGACUUCAGCAAGGACGGCUUUGGUCCCCCGUGUGAUGAUCUUAACAAAAGGAAAUUAGCGUACCGUCAUCGGUCCAUUGAACAGAAGUACAAAAAGGGGUUACAUAGUAUUCUUGAUCAAGACAUGAUUAAAUCGUGGAGCGAACUUUAUGACGUCACUGAUAGUUAUACUGACAUGUGGUUCUCGGCAGCUAAGACUUGCUUGGAACAGUGUGCAGUUGGGAAUAGAGAUUUGGCUUCUUCUUCGGGCUCAGCUGUUGCUACCAAUGAUACUAUAUUCCAGCAUGUGAAUAUCUUAGUGACUUCUGGAUCAUUGAUACCCAGCUUAGUUAAAUGCUUGCUCUUUCGCCUUGGCGAUUUAAUCCCUAGCGAAAAUGUCUACAGCUCAUGGGAAGUGGGCAAGCUCCAGUGCUUCUCAUGGAUAAAGGAGCGGUUCAGUGGGCCGAACUUGCAAUUUUGUGUUAUUGGUGAUGGAUGGGAAGAAUGUGAAGCAGCAGAAAGUAUGAGGUGGCCAUUUGUCAAAAUUGACCCUCGGCCAAGCAGUUACCAUCGGUUUCCAGGUUUAACACCAAAAGAACUGGGGCACUACUUCUCUGUUGUGUAUGGUGAGUCUGAUUCAAAAGAUAAUGAUAGAUUAGCUCCUUCUGGCAAUUGAUCAUAUGAAUAUGUAGCUUAUUGGAAGAAAUCAGUACAUGCACCAAUAGCACUUCACCAAGAAGAUAGUCUUGCCUAAUUGUGAAAGCAAAAAGGUGAAGGUUCUUUAAAAGUUCUCAUUUUGCAUGAUAGAAUUCCUUUAAACUAUGUCCUAUGACCUGUGAGGCUAGUCUGUAUAGUUAACUUCUCGAUGCCGUCUUGCUUAUUGUGUUCUGUUAUGGCCAUUCUACAGGUACUUAAGUAAGAUUUUCUCCAUUUCAGUGUAUA